AGCUUAGUGUCGGUCCGUACUCAGCCGGCUGGAAGCGCCUCUCUGUAUCAGUUUUUAUGUUUCGAUCACACACUCCCUUCAGUUUGUUCCAUCAGUUUUUUGUUCCUUCUUGUGUGUGGGGAUUUCGAGUAGUGUGUUGUUAGUGAAGCCUCCGAUUUGUUGAGUUUGGUUUUUUAGUGAAAAAAAAAAAUCAUUGUUGUUGAGUGUUUUACGUUGUUGCAUUUGUUGGACACCUACGCAGCAGGAUUUUCCCGUGGAACCCACUCACGCCGCAGCACACAACACCUAUUAGGAAAGGACUCCCACCCACGUCCUACGCCAGGAUGUUAUUGGCGGAUUUUGGAACGAAACCCUGCACCGCUAUGAGCUUGUUACGUUUGAAGCUGGAAGGAAAAAUGAAAAAGUGAUGUUUGAAAAAAUACUCAAAAAAGUUAUGUGGAUUUUGUUGAGUGAAAAGCGCAAAUAUAAGUGAAAAGUAAUUGAAAAUACUAAGUUUCAAAAAGUUUGGUUUCAAAUAAAACAAGAAAAACAAAACAAAAAACUUGUGAUAAAUAUUAAAAGUGAGCAGCAAGCCGAAGAGAGAGGAGCGUGCGGGAGAGCGCGGAAAAGUCCGGAAAAGCUCCACGAAUUUCCACGCACCACGCGCGGGAAAAGGCCACGUGAAACCACGCACGAACGCAGUGGCGACGGCAGUCAACAACAUCGCGCGAGCUCAACAUCACACCACGCGCUGCUGGACAAAAGUUUAAAACCCGACUAUUCUUCGCCUCUCCAGUUUACAACUACCGUUUUUUCCUGCAAGUUUUAAGCUAUUCUUAACAAAAAAAAGUAACCAGAGUUAAUACACCUUACAAAGUUGCGUUAAAAAGUCCAGCAAAAACGACAACCAAGAAAAGGGGAAAUCGCCAACAGUUUUUUCGCGCACUCGCGAGUUUCAAGUGCUUUUCUACAAGAUUUAAGCGAUUUUUACACCUCUUUAAUAAACGUCACUUUUUAAAACGAUUUCAAACCGGCCGUUGCUAGUUACAUUAAACAUUAAGCUUCGUAUUACUCAUCGCGCGCAAGGAAUAACCGAUAACAAACCAAUAAAACAAAAGUCAAAAGUUUUCUAUACUAAGAGGAAAUCGAUAAAGUGUCUUAUUUACAACUAGAAGAGUAGUAAAACCAAGAAUUGAAACAGAAAUAAACACAAAAAAAAGUAGGAAGAUUUUACCAAUCGUACACAAGUGAUACAAAAGAGAAGAAAAGUGUCUCCAAGUCAAAAGGAAAACGCAACAUAAAGGAAGUAACAAGUGAUUUAAACAGUGUAAUCUAACACACCACAAGAAAAAAGUAGUCAAGCCAGAGUUGGUAAACUUAUGCAAAACUACAACGGCACACACAUUAGUUUGCAAUAAACUAACUUGUCGCAGCGAGCGGAGAAUUCGUUACUCGUUAAACGCAACGGAAGAAACUGAAAAGAUCAGCUUGACAUCGGCAGCAGCAGCAAAAACGCCAGCCAGCCAUCCAUCCGAGCCGGAAGAUAUAAAUUCAUCUCUUGGCCGUUUUUUUUCGUACAUGAACCACAAUUUUCGGCGAUCCGUCUCGCAACAGAAUCACUGACCUAAUGACGAUGGCGGAUGGUAGCUAUGACCCAAUGGGGCACAUCCAGACGGGUCGGCAGCAUCCUCACUCGCACCAUCCGGCGCACCAUCACCAUGGUACGACCGGUGGUGGCGGCGGUGGAGGUAACACCUUCCACCAGCUCGAAACCCUGCAGCUGCUUCACCAGCGGUACCAGCAGCAACAGCUGGCGGCACUCCAGCAGCAGCAACCGUCCCCGUCCAGCGUAGAGAACAACAACAACCUGCCCUCGACGGCCAACCACAAUCUGUUCCGAUCGGAGCAGAAGAAGCACAAGCGAAAGCGACUGUCAGCGGUCUUGGACAAGCUGCACCACAACGGCGUAAACCACAACAACAACAAUGUCGGCGAGGUCAGCUACAAAAUCAAGCGAUCAGAGUCGCGCUCCAGCGCCGAAGAGUCCGUCGAAGAUGUGUUCCCGUACUCGGCCAGCCCCCGCAUCAGCGUGAGCCCACUCCGGCUCAACGAGUCCGACGAGAACAACAUGAACCAGGUACGAAUCAAACAGGAACCUCAACAGUAUCUGUACAAACAGCUGCAGUACAUGAACCCGCUGGCACUGUUCAACUACUUCCCGCAGCAAACCAAACUCCUGUAUCAGGAGAUUGCUCGGGCGCGGAGCCACUCCGACUCGGAACUCCAGCAACAGCAGCAGCCGCCUCAAUCGAAACCCGAGGAACCCUCCUCCCCUGUCGCCACCCCACAGGAACCUCAAGAUCCGCAGGAAUACCCGCUAGAUCUCUCCAUGAAAUCGUCCCCUUCACCGUUGGCCUGCUCGCCGGCCGGCGGCGCCUCCCAGCUGCUCCACAGCACGCCUAGUCUCGAGUCUGUGAUCAAGCAGGAACCGAAGUUGACCUUCACGCCGCCCCCUGCCCAGCACCAACCCCAACCCCAACCCCAUCAGCUGCCAUCGAUCGUCAAGGGUGACGUCGCGUCAAACAACACCAAAAAGUCCGCCGCCGCGUGCUACAACCUGAACGUGUCGCCCGUCGUCGAGGAGAUGCCGCCCGGGUCGGACGUCGCGUACAUGUGCCCCGUGUGCGGGCAGCUGUUCUCGCUCCAAGAUCGGCUCGCCAAGCACAUGGCGUCGCGCCACAAGAGCCGCUCCAGCUCGACAGACAUCACCAAGUCGUACAUGUGCGACGUGUGCCAGCGGUCGUUCGCGCGGUCCGACAUGCUGACGCGGCACAUGCGCCUCCACACCGGCGUCAAGCCGUACUCGUGCAAGGUGUGCGGCCAGAUCUUCUCCCGCUCGGAUCACUUGUCGACCCACCAGCGGACGCACACCGGCGAGAAGCCGUACAAGUGCCCGCAGUGUCCGUACGCGGCCUGCCGGCGGGACAUGAUCACGCGCCACAUGCGGACGCACACGCGGUACGAGCGCAGUGGCAGCGCCGGCGGCGGCAGCAACUCGCCCGGCUCCAGCAGCCCCGCUUCGAUGGACUCGAAGCCGCUGCUGUUGCCGGUGGUGAGUCUCGCGUCCGGGGCGAGCGCCCGCGCCGUGAAGAAGGAGGCGUACGGCAGCGGCAGUCCGGGCGGUUACGUUAUCGAAACAAAGACUGAAUCCUAGACACACGUAAAAUACGCUCUCGAAUCAGGUUCAUCAGAGUAGUUUGCAGUGUUAGUUCCGGCAUUUUUUCAUUAUUGAUUUCAAUUGUUGUGUUUACCUUAUUUUACAAAAUUUGCCAAUCUCUCUUGUGUUAGUAGCUUUAGAGUGUUUCCUACUUAUUUUUCAUUGAUUCUUAACUGUAAGAAAUUUGAACAAUUCCCGAACUCAUUCCCGUAGAAAUUUUACUAGAAUUAAAUUUCUCCCCC